CCGAGCAGCUAUCAUUCAUUCGCCCGUCGAUCGCAAUUUGGAAUUCGCGAUGAAUACGACUAGAUCAGCAGCUGCUGUAGCGCACGCGUCACGGUCUCGUCGACGACGGCGAUGACGAUGAUAAUAGAUGAUAAUAAUAAUAAUAAUAAUAAUAGUAAUAAUAAUAAUAAUAAUAUUGUACAUAUUUUGAUUUCGCCGCGGCGACGACGACGAAUAGUGCGUGUAUGCGCUCCGAGUCUGGCAGACGGCCCAUCCGUCCAUCGUUAGAGGCCAACAGCUGUUCGCCGACGACUCCGGUGUAAGUACGACGCUCGUCACGAGCAUUCGUCCAAUACUUCAAUCCGAUACCACCGCCGCUGGAACGCAGGAAAAGCUCCACGGAAAACGACGACAUGAGUGUUGAAAACCUGAACAACCAUCGGCCCUCGUCCGACCACUCAGUUUUAGGUUCUUCAAGCAAAAAUAAAAGAUCAAUACUCUAUGAUAAAACAUUUGUUAUUGAUAUUGCUGACAAUAUAGUAAGCUCAAAAGUGGAAAAGCUCAUAAAUGCAUAUGGAGGAAAAAUAACUCAAUCAUUAGAAAAGAGUUCCGAUUAUUUAAUAUCAGAUAUGAUACAAAAUGAAGGGGUUAAGUAUAAUAGCAGUUCAGAAACUAAUAAUAGUAGAAGAGAUAUUGAAAUAAAAAAUGGACCAUCUUCUAAACGUAAAAAUUCAGUUGAUCUCAUUAAUAAGGCUAAUAUUUUUAAUAUAAAAAUUUUGUCUGCCAAAAAGUUUCAACACUGGCUCAAGUCUUUAUUGAAAAAACACCGUACUAACAAAAGACCUACAGAUCAAGUUGCAAGUGUUCUAAAAGGAAAAGUUAGUUUAAAAAUAGAAUCAAUGGAUCAAGGACAACGUCCUGUGUUUGAAUUUAUACCUAAGUGGCCAGAUUUAGGUGAUGCAUUAUGUAAAAAGAAAACAAAACAUUCAGCUGAACAUAAAUAUAAUGGGGAUAAAAGUGAUGAUGAUUACUCUUCAGAUCAAUACAGUACCUCAGAAAUUGGUGGAAUGUGUGAACUAUGUGACAUGCCAUUUAUGAAUUACAAGGAACAUAUAAAUACUAAAAAACAUAUGAGAGAAAGUCAAGAUGAACACAGGUUUCAUGAAUUAGACGAAUUAAUUAACGAGAGGCCUUUAAAUGUUAUUUUUAACCAAUUUAUACCCGAUAAGUCUGAAAAGAAAAUUAACAAAGAUCAAAAUUUAGCUCAGAAAACACCUAAUCUUAAAAACUGCCUAGAUAACACAGUUAUCACAAUAAUUGAUUCCGAUUCAGAUGAUGCUGAACAAAAAGAUGUGCAUUGUUCGUUAGAUGAUAAAACUCCAAGUCCUUUUAAAGAACAAGCAUCAAAAAGCUUAAAAAGGAAAUACCAAUUUUCCGACUCGGAUAUUUCUUUUGUACCUCAGAAGAGACCUAGUAAAUUACAUUCACCAAUACAUGAUGAAAUUAAUUUUUAUAAAAAAACCAAGCGGAAACACAAAACGCAUCAAAAGUCAUCAUCUAAGGAUAUAUAUAAAGUGGAAGUUGUAAAUAAUCAUCCAUCAAAAUCAAAUAAUCCAAAUAACAAUAGAAUUGAGUCUGAUCAACCACCAGUUAUAAUACGCUUAAAAAGAGUACAAAAUUCUAAAAAUAAAUAUUCUUCAAGUGAUGUUGAAAGUCAUAUAUCUAUCUCAUCAUCGGAUAAUGAUGAUGAAGUCCCAGAGGAUCCUAUACCAGUUCAUAAGUAUAUACGUGUAGUUAGAAAACCAAGUUUCAGUAACGGAACUGAAGUUCUGCCUUCAAAAGGCUACACAAAAAAUCAAAUGUUUACAUUUGAACAUCCCGAGUUGCGUCAUAAUAUCUAUAAAAAUGUUUCUUACUAUCCUACUUAUACUUGUAUCCCUGACACUAAGUCUAGUAUUAAAUACAUUCAAGAUAAGAUAGCAAAUUUAAAUCCUAAUUUAAAAUGUACAUUAUCAUUUAAAGAGUCUUUAAAAGUUAUGUCUAAAAUGGAACCUCAACAAAUCGGAGAAUGGUUUUAUAAUGUUCCCAAAAAAAUUCAAGAUAACUUAUCAUUCAAUUCUUCUACAUUAGUCCCACUCACUGAUUUGUCGAAAAUAAAAUCUUUUGUAGUCCCAAAAAAGAAAGUUAACAGAAGUUCAACAUCCUCCAGUUCUAUUGAAAUAUUAUAAUUUUAGUUAAUUAUGUUCCAAAUGGUUUUGUGUCCUAUCUGAGAUCUCUUAAUAUUAUUAUCUUUAGGGAUUAAUUUUAAUUGUUACAUUAAAUUAUUUUUUUAAUUUGAUGUUAAAGACGAUCCGCCUCCCUACUUAUAGGUAAAAAACAUUUAUUUUAUAUCGAUUCAAAGUUAUAUCCAAAGAUGUUAAUUUUUAUAUUUAGUUAAUUUAUACCAAAUACCAUCAAAAAGUAUUAUAUUAAUUCAAAAAUAUGGAUCUGUACAUGAAAAUUGUUUAAUUUCAAGUAUUGUUUGUAAAUUAGGUCAAAUAUUUCUUUUUUGUUUUUGUUUUUUUUCUUUGCUUUUAAAACCACUAAUUUGUUUUUAAAAUGUUUUAUUUUAUUUUAAAGUUUAUGUUAAUGUUAAUAUAUGUUUAUUUAUUUAUGAAAAUAUUUUAUUUUACUUGUGGAACAUUGUUCAGCCAGGUGCCUUGUUGAAAAUUAUAGUCCAAACUUUUAUAAAGUUAUACAAAAUAAUCCAAAUGGAACCUUAUUUAAGCCAACUAAUGAUACAAGUAAUUAAAUUAAUAAACAAAAUUAUUUUGUUGGGAACAGUAUUCUAAUAUAAAAUUGUUAAUAAUAUACAUAGUUUAUGAUGUAUGGAUGUAAUGGCUUCUGGAGUAAAACAUUUAUAUUGUAGGUAAAUUAUAAAUAUAUUUACACAUAAAAUUAAAACGAUUUAUUAACAGACAAAAAAUCAUUAUUUAUUUAUUUGUGUUUGAAUUAGUAUAAGUAAAACAAAUUGGUAUUAAUCCACAAGUGUGUUAAAAUAGCUUAUUGUUAAACUGUUUUGUUUUUUUUUUCUGUUAUAUUUUAUUGUUGUGUUAUGAUUUAAAACACUUUUACAAUACUUAUACAUAUAAUAUUAAAUGAGAUUUAUUUCUUAGUUUUCUGAAUAUUUUAUGUCUAUUUAUUAUAUUAUUUCACUGCUAUAAUUUUAUAAAUGGUCUAAAAACCGUUUUUGUUAACCGAAUUUAAAUAUAUGUAUUAUUUUUUUUUAUAUCAGUAUUGAUUAUCUAUGACUGCUUUAAAUGAAAAAAGUUUUAUUUUAAUUAUAUAUAUAUCCUUGUCAUUGUGCAAAAAGUGAGAAUACUAGAGUAAGUAUUUUUUAAAAUCUUUUUAAGUUAAUUGAGAACAAGAAAAAAUUGCAAUAAACAAUAUUGAACUAAAUGUAUCAAUCUCACUAAGUCACUUUUUAUACAAUGGCAACAAACUAUUCAAUAUACUACCUUAUAUGUUUAUAUAAUAUUAAAUUUUUACUAAAGCAUAUGUAUUAUGGUAUUUUUAUUAUUUUUUUUGCCAUUUUGUGUUUAGACUAGUGAAUUUAAAUAUUAUAUUUUAUCAAGUAUAAUUGUGAAUAUUGUUUUAAAAAUAUACAAGUGUGUGCCUUUACUUUAAA